UUAAACAUUAAACAAAAAUAGAAAAAAUCCAAAAUGUUACACGUUUCUUUACACGUGAUCAGAUAAUCAUGUGACCCUCCUGGCUUUACAGCUGACAUGUUGUCGUCACAUGACUCGUAGCUCCGCCCACCUUCAACCUGAGCCCAGGCCUGUGGGACCAGAAUGAGGAAACACACCUGGGGGGUAUUCCACGAAGCUGGCUAAAACAGGCUGGGCUUACGCCGAAACAGCCCAACAUGAGGCUGUGAGGAUCCUCAUCAUGCAGUCAUGACGACUACCAGAAGACGGCUGAUUGGCUGAUGUCUCAGACGAAGCACCGCCCUCAGGUGGCAAUCAUCUGUGGGUCCGGACUGGGCAUGCUCGCUGACACCCUCAAGUGUCAAGACUCCUUCGCUUAUUCUGACAUACCGGGUUUCCCUCAGAGCACAGUUCAGGGUCAUGCAGGUAGGCUGGUUUUCGGGGAGCUGAAGGGGAAAACUUGUGUUUGCAUGCAGGGUCGCUUCCACAUGUAUGAAGGACACUCACUGCUGAAGACGACGUUUCCAGUUCGAGUCUUCAAGCUGCUGGGCGUCGAGACUCUGUUUGUGACAAAUGCUGCCGGCUCAUUGGCUGACGGCCUCCAGCCUGGUGACAUCAUGAUCAUCAAAGACCACGUCAACUUCCCCGGACUGGUCGGUCUGAACCCGCUGUGUGGACCCAACGAUGACAAGUUCGGGCCCCGUUUUCCUGCCAUGUCAGGCUGCUACGACAAGAACCUGCGUUGCCUGGCGAUGGAAAUCGCCAAGCAGUUGGGCGUGGCCGGCCUCAUGCAGGAGGGCGUGUACGCCAUGGUGGGCGGGCCCAACUUUGAAACCAUCGCUGAGGCCAGACUGUUGCAUCGACUCGGCGUGGACGCUGUCGGUAUGAGUACGGCUCCUGAGGUCGUCGUGGCGAUGCACUGCGGCCUGAGAGUCUUCGGUCUGUCUCUGAUCACCAACAAGGUGGUGAAGAGCUACGAGGACUCGGACAGCGUGAACCAUGAGGGCGUCCUGGAAGUCGGUCGGCUGCGUUCCCACACGGUGCAGCAGCUGGUGACCGAACUGAUCGGCAGGAUGGAGAUCAAUAACAACAACACCAAUAAUGCUGCCUGAACACACACACACAUUGUGUACAUAUUGAUCGUUGUAUUCACAACAUUUUCCCUCCAGUUUCAUGUUAUUUUAUAUCUUUGCUGUAAUGAGAAGUUUAUUUAUGUCUCCGUGGUGCCUAUUAACUAUCAGGGUAAAUCAGACUGUAAUUAUUCAUUUAUUAUGAUAUUUAUGCCAAAUCUAAUAAUUAAUAUAACGACGACUGUUUGUCUCAAAUGGUGCUUUAAGAAAACAAAGAUUCAUUUUUUAAACAGUAUGAUUGUAUAUCGUUGCUGUUGAAUUAUUGAGUUGUGUUUUGUAAAGGAUUUUACUGACUCUCUGUUCCAUGAUAAUCUGAUUUAAAGAUGCUGAAAAAA